AUGCUUAGUCUCUGUGCCAUCGCCGUCGCUCGGCCCUCCGCAAUCACGUCGCUGCCAAGCCUCUCGCACGCCGAGAUACGCCGCUACUCCCGCCACCUCAUCCUCGACGACGUCGGCGUGGAGGGGCAGCGACGGCUCAAGGCGGCUCGUGUGCUGUGCGUCGGCUCAGGCGGGCUCGGCUCGCCGGCGCUGGUGUACCUCGCCGCAGCCGGCGUGGGCACGCUCGGCGUGGUGGACAAUGACGUGGUCGACGAGUCCAACCUGCAGCGCCAAAUCAUCCACGCGACGGACGCCGUUGGCAGCCCAAAGGUGGACUCGGCGGCGCAGCGCGUCGGCGACCUGAACCCUCUCGUGAAGCUGGUCAAGCACGAGGAGCUUCUGACGGCGGAGAACGCGCUCCGGAUCCUCGGCGAGUACGACAUCGUCGUCGACGGCUCGGACAACUUCCCGACCCGCUACCUCGUCAACGACGCCUGCGUCCUGCUCGGCCUGCCAUUAGUGUACGGCGCCGUCCAAAAGUUCGAGGGCCAGCUCUCGCUCUUUAACCUGCGCCUCCCCGACGGCUCGCGAGGUCCAAACUACCGCGACCUCUUCCCGGAGCCGCCGCCGCCGGGUGUG